AUGAUAGGAAUGGAAAAACCAGCAGCAAUGUUGUAUGCUUCCUCAGCGCAAAAACCCCUAGUACAGGGACGUGCAAUUAUUUAUGGAGGCACAGUUGGAGAGUGCGAUGAUAUGACAAAAGCACUUAAAAAAUCUUUCAAUUCAAAUACUACAGGAAUGUAUCAUGGAAAACUUAAAAAUAGAUGUAUACAAGAGAUUGGGCGAGCUGGACGAACUGGGCAACAAUCUAAAGUAAUAUUAUCUUCUCAGAGUAUGAAAGAAAGGCCAAAGAAUUUAUGGAAAUAUAUUGAUACCAAGAAAUAUAAAUAUCAGUAUCAUGCUACAAUUCCUACUACCAAUUUAACUAAUGAAUUAAACGAUGAUGAUGAAAAAAUAGUUUAUAUGUAUGAUUUAGAAAAAAGAAAACAAGUGUAUGGAAUAUGUGGAGAAUGUAAUGAACCUGGUACAGGACGGAGAUGGUAUCAACCUUGUAAUGCUAAAAGGUUUAAGGAAAACUUUAAAAAUUGGACUAGUGGAAAUAAAGAUAUUGAUGAAUUUAUACAACAAUCACAACUUAAUACUGUAUAUUAUAGAAAUUGUCUUGAAUGGAUUCCUUAUGAAAAUUUUCAAAAUAUUACUUAUAUGGCAGAAGGUGGUUUUAGUAAAAUUUACUCUGCUGAAAGACUUGAAGGUCAUAUUAAAUAUUGGAAUAUUGAAGAUCAGAAAUAG